AUGGCGUCUCAAGAUACCACGGAGGAUCGCUUCCAACAUCACCUAGAAACUGUCCGAUUUUUGUUUGACAGCAAGUUAGAUACAAUGGAAGCCUACACUUCAAAAGUCAUUGAUAUCUCUCGUCAACGCCUUCGAACUGCAGUUCAAUCAAAGGGUUGGAGUUGGCCGGGCUGGUGCCGGAUUUGGGGUCAAGAGCAAUGUGAGGAAGAGAUAGGAUCAUUUCAGGACCCUGGACAAAUUCUCGAUGCUUUACACGACUUCGGUGGCCUUCGCAUCUCGCUUUACUUUCCAGGAGAUGUAGAGCGAGUUAUAAGCCUACUAAGUAAUCGACUAGAAGUCAUCAGUAAAUGGCGCAAAGAUCAGGAUUCUGACAUUGCACAGAAGCUCGAAAAAUGCAUCGAGGUACUUGAUGAGCCUGGCGCUGCUGGAAAAGCAGUAGACCUCGUGAAGGGGGAGUUUCCAGGCUAUAGAGCGACCCACCUCAUUGUGAAACUCUCUACUGAGGACAUCCUACCUGCCAAAAGAUCCCCUUGGAAAGACAUCAAAGUUGAAAUUCAAAUCGGGACUUUGAUAAUGCAUGUGUGGUCCGAAAUCGAGCACGACAUGUUGUAUAAGCCGCUUGCAUCACAAGAUCAAAAAAUUUCUCGCGAGGAAGAACAAGUAUUGGACAUUAUCAACGGCAUCGUGAUGACAGGUGAAGGGGCCCUAAGACAACUCGAAACAUGUAUGGAAAGACGGCAGGACCAACGGACAAAAGACAAAUCUGCGUUCGCGAUAAGUCAUUAUGAACUGGGUGUCUGGAUCGAAAAGUAUUGUGCUGAACGUGCAAAACCGUUGGUUUCACAUGACUGGAAGAGCUUACCUGAACUUUAUGAAAUUCUGAAAACGACUGGCGAUCAUCAGCACUCCAAAGUUGAAUCAAUCGUUGAUGAAGUCUUCCAAGAUUUCCAAGAUCAAGAUAAAGAAGUCCGGCGCGAUAACAUCUCUCUGUUUAUUUUAAAAGUACUUUGUAAACGCAGUCCCGAGACCCAGCCUCCCUCCCUAGAACUUAAUGGUGCCGGGAUGCUGGGUCCUAUUGCCCAAUUCGAGGCUACGCAUUUUGUGCAUAGCCUCAAUAUGGCAAUUUACCUGGGCGUCGAAGACAAGUUCAUUUGCAUAGAUGACACACCUAAGCCAUCAAUGACAAAGAUGCUUGACAUCCUCCAUCCUUACGAUCCUCGCUGUGGAGAUGCUGCAGAUGCCCAGACUAUAAUUUCUUACUGUCAUGAGCUUCUUAAUCGCCAGUAUGAUCCAUGGGUAAGAGUUGCAACUCGCUUAUCGCGUACUACCGGUGUCAUCAGCAUGAUUGGCCCCGGCGAUUUACAAGAUAUUCUCGUGCCGGGAAUCAUGAGCAGGUUUUUUGGUCUCAGCUCAGUGCCCACGAUCAAACCCAAAUCUGGAAUAGAAUCCGUGGACCUUGCAGAGUAUUGGAUGAUUGGUUUUGUGGCCUACUAUCUAGGUCGAGAAUCUUUGAGACUAUCGUACGAUGUUUGGGACCAAAUAAAGUCAUCGUCUACUGAGUCAAAGAGCCCAAUCAAGCAGCAAUUCUUCAAGCCUUCAAAAUCGCCGAGGCUCCCUUCCGAAUCUCCUGACUCAAGAUCAUGGGAACUUAUUGAUCCGCCAAUCUUAACAGGCAAACUGCUUGGGCAUUCUGACACUUCUAUAUCGAUUGCACUUUAG